UUGCCGGCGUUCCGGGCUGCCGUUGAAUCCGAGCGGCCGGCGCGUGGGUGGGUAGGCAGGCAGGCAGGCGAGCGGCCACUCGGAGCGGGAUUCGCAACAGCGAGGAUGGCCGCCUCGGUGGGUCCGGGGACGCGCACGAAGACCAAGAAGAAGCACUUCGUCCCGCAGCGGGUGAAAGUGCUUCGCUCGGCCGACCCUCUUCUGGGCGUGCUGGCUUGGGGGAUCAACCAUCAGAUCAAUGAACUCAAUCAAGUUCCCCAGCCAGUGAUGCUGCUCCCUGAUGACUUCAAAGCCAGUUCUAAAGUAAAGGUGAACAAUCAUCUCUUCAACAGGGAAAACUUGCCUGGUCACUUCAAAUUUAAGGAGUACUGUCCACAGGUUUUCCGCAACCUUCGUGAACGCUUCAACAUUGAUGAUCAGGAUUAUCAAGUCUCCUUGACACGUAGCCCACCAACCUAUGAGACUGAGGGUGGAGGUCGCUUUCUCCUGUCCUAUGACAGGACAGUGGUCAUAAAAGAGAUAACCAGUGAAGACGUAGCUGAUGUGCAUAGCCUUCUAUCCCAUUAUCAUCAGUACAUUGUGAAAUGUCAUGGGAGUACCCUCUUGCCCCAAUUCUUGGGUAUGUACCGGCUCAGUGUUGACAACGAGGAGAGCUACAUGCUGGUCAUGAGGAACAUGUUUAGUCACAGACUCACUAUACACCGAAAGUAUGAUCUGAAGGGUUCACUGAUAUCCCGUGAAGCCAGUGACAAAGAGAAGGGCAAGGAACUACCAACUCUGAAGGACAUUGAUUUCCUAAACAUGAACCAGAAAGUGUACAUCAGUGAAGAGACCAAAAAAGACUUUAUGGAAAAGUUGAAGCGAGAUGUAGAGUUCCUAGUGCAGCUAAAGAUUAUGGACUACAGCCUUCUGUUGGGUAUCCAUGAUGUACAGCGAGCUGAACAAGAAGAAGAGGAAGACAUAAAAGAGGAAGAGGAAGAUGGAGAGGGUGAACCAGGGGCACCUGUGGGCUCAUAUGGAACAUAUCCUGAGGGCAUUGGCAGUUAUCUGAACUCCCACAAACCGCUGGAGCCUGGUGACUUUGACCCUUAUAUUGAUGUCUAUGCCACGAAGAGUGCUGAAAAUAGUCCCCAAAAAGAGGUUUACUUCAUGGGCCUCAUAGACAUCCUAACGCAGUAUGAUGCCAGGAAGAAGGCUGCCCAUGCAGCUAAGACAGUCAAGCAUGGGGCUGGUGCAGAGAUCUCUACAGUGCAUCCAGAACAAUAUGCCAAGCGCUUUCUGGACUUUGUCACCAAUAUAUUUGCUUAGCCGUUUUUCAGUAUGUCUUGUUGACCCAAAUCAAAACCUUUUCAGCACCUUUGUAGUUGUCCCUCACCCUGCUCCCUGAUUCUCCGUAAGUAGGAUAGUUUUCAUCCUGCUAUUCUGGGGUCAGCAGGGGAAUUGGGCUGACUUCAGACGAGCCCCACUCUUGCAACUGAGGGACGGCUGCUGAACCAAGUGCCUUAACUCUGAUCUUCUGCUGAGGUGAGAAAUGAUCCAGAGUACCAAAGAAACUGGUUAUGAAUGCUUCGAGGAGCUGCUUCUCCUUCCAUGCAGGAGGAAGAGGAGUGGCUGGUUUUUAUCUAAACACUGACUUCUUCCUUUCCGUUAAAUAGUACCAGUGUUUCAUCAUUUAGAGCAGGAUAAUGUUGAAAUAGAACAAUAUGCAAUGCGGAGUUAGUCGUGCCUUGGAAGAAGGGGGUUGAAGGGAAUCUUCCCCAUUUACACAAUCAAAUAUUGUAUCCUACAAUACCCCAUUUUACUGCCUGUUUCAAAGCCAUGUACGUUGUAUACCUUUUCUACCAUCCCUGUAUACACAAAUGGAAGACUGUACUGUGCCCCAUCCUUGUGAAUAGUUUUGCUCUGAUUCUAGUCCUGUUGUCGAUAAUAGAAAUCUCUCCUACUAAAGAAAAGAGCCCAGCACUGAAACCAGUAUCCCUUAAGCUGUUUUCCAUGUAGAAUUGCAGGUUCUUUGAACUUUGUGACCCACAGGUUGCUAUUGAUGAGAAAAAAUAUUUUAGGUUCAUUGCUCUCGUGUAUCCAUUUUCCUUCCCUUUUCUAGUUGAAGCAGGGUUUGGGAGGUUAUCUGCUAAAUAAAUUUGGAGUAAACUCCUGAGUAAUAGCACUAUCAUCUGAGUCCCUAUUCUGGAUACCGUAGAGCUUCUUUGAGUCUCCCUUGUCAGAAGACACAAUAACUCUAAUCUUUGGGGUAAUUUAUACAGGGGGUGUCUAUUGGGCACAUAACCCAGAUUGAGUUGGCAUAACCCACAAAAGGGCCUAAGGUAUAUCUAGACUACACUAUAUAAUACUACAUUUGAAAGCUGCUGAGAAAUGCUAAAGGUGAAAGUCCUUGCCAUUUAGUUUGUAAACCUUUAACAUUAAAAUUAAAGCAAGUCUCAGAUGUUGGUGAACUGGCAACAGCAUCAAUAUCAUGACCAAUAAAGGUAGGGACUGUUGAGAGUUCAGCAACGGAUAGAGAGCAUUGGUUGCCUAUCCAAUCAUAAACACCUCCAUGUUGAAGUGGGAAUCAGACCAAGCCUCAUUUAUUUUGUUUAGUGUUGUGGGAUAGGGAAGGUAUCAUGCCCAACUUCAGGAUGCUAUGAGAAGCAGCACCUAUCUGUCUAUGCAUAACGGCGCUAUAUGUUUCUUUGUAUAUAUAUCAAAUUGGCAAACCAAUGUAUUUUGGGAAAAUGGCUUGUCUCAGUGGUUGAUCAAAAAGCCUCUCAAGCGGAGGAAACUGCUAUAAAUUAGCAGAUGCAUUAAAAACAAAAUCCCUUUUCAUUCACCAGAAUAGAAAUUCUUGGAUACUUCAUUUAACAAAGGAAUGCAGACAAGGAACUGGAUAAAUUAAAUGAUCAUUAUUCAUUUAUUGUUGGCUUGGUUAAGAGAUCUCGCAUUAUCUAGUAGCUGUCCUAGCAGCAUGGGGAAGCAAUCACACUCCAACUGUCUCUGAACUAUAAUUCCCAAUAACUCCAGCUCUCUAUGGUCAUUUAUGACAAACACUGGGAAUUACAGUUCAGCAACAUCAAGGGCCAAUAUUACAUACCUGGAAGCUCUAGUUAUAGUUCAGGGUACAGUGCUACUCAGUUUGUUGCUUUGGACCUAAAACAUGCAGACUUUAUGGUUUUUCAUGUUUUCCCUUUCUGCCCAUUACUGGUGUGUUGGGACUGAUGUCAUUUCAGCUCCCAGCACACUAAGGACUGUGCCAUGGAGAUACAUUUAUGCUGUGGGGCUGUCUUCCUUCCAACCUCUUUCAGUGUUUUGUAAUUGUAUACAAUAUGUAUUUCUGGUUUACUCUUGUAUGGCUAAAAAUAAAUUAUUGAACCAAAA